AGAGCCCUCGACGCUGCUGGUUUGCAACGAAGGGAGGGCAGAGAGAGAGAGGCGCAGACAAGCCUUGAAGCUUCCGCGCCGGCGGAUCUCGGCGCGGGGAGCGCCCACGUGGCGGGAGGGGACAAGCCGGCGGCGGCGGGCGCCGCACCGCACCGCACCGCAGCCGGCGGAGCAGAGCAGAGCAGAGCGGAGCGGAGCGGAGCGGAGCGGCGGGCCGGGCCGGGCCGGCCCCUCGGCGCGGCGCGGGGCAGGAAGGGGUGGAGCGGCCGGGCGCCGCGGGCGGGGAGGCUCCCGACCACGCUGCAGCGGCGCUGGCGGCGGGUGCAGCCGGCGCCGAGCGCUCCCCCGGCGCGACUGCCCGGCGAGCCCUGAGCCGGCGGCCCCGGCCGGGCGCCCGCCCGCGGCACCCCCGAUGGAGCCGGAGGAGCGGAAGAUCUCGGUGUGGAUCUGCCAGGAGGAGAAGCUCAUCUCGGGGCUGUCCCGCCGCACCACCUGCUCGGACGUGGUGCGGGUGCUGCUGGAGGACAGCCACCACCGGCGGCAGCGGCCGGCGCUGCCCGCGCCCGCCGACGGGAUGCUCUCGGGGCCGCCGCACUCGUACUGCAUCGUGGAGAAGUGGCGCGGUUUCGAGCGGAUCCUGCCCAACAAGACGAAGAUCCUGCGGCUCUGGGUGGCGUGGGGCGACGAGCAGGAGAACGUGCGCUUCGUGCUGGUGCGCAGCGAGGCGUCGCUGCCCAACGCGGGGCCGCGCAGCGCCGAGGCGCGGGUGGUGCUCAGCAGGGCGCGCCCCGGGCACGGCCCGGCGGCGGCCCGCGCCGGCCUGGCGCUCACGCAGGAGCGGCAGCGGCGGCUGGUGCGCAAAGCCUUCCGCAAGCUGGCCAAGAUCAACAAGAGGCGGCAGCAGCCGCUGGCGCGGGAGGCCUCGGCGGCGGAGAGGAUGGAGACGCUGGUGCACCUGGUGCUCUCGCAGGACCACACCAUCCGGCAGCAGAUCCAGCGGCUCCGCGAGCUGGACCGCGAGAUCGACAGGUACGAGGCCAAGAUCCACCUGGAGCGCAUGAAGCGCCACGGCGUCAACUACGUGCAGGACACCUACCUGGUGGGGGCGGGCGGCGCGGAGCCGGCGCCGGGCCGGGAGGUCCCCGCCGGCGGCCGCCCCGAGGAGGACUACGCGAGGAAGUGCGAGGAGGUGCUGCGGCUGCAGGAGCAGCGGGCGCAGCAGGAGGAGCUGCUCGAGCGCCUGGCCGCCGAGAUCCAGGAGGAGCUCAACGAGCGCUGGAUGAAGCGGCGGCGGGACGAGCUGGCGCUGGCCGCGGGGCCCGGCCUGGCCGACACGGACUGCGACACCACGGAGCUGAGCGGCGGCGGCGAGGGCGAGCUGCACCUGGAGCACGAGCGGGUGAGGACGCAGCUGAGCACCAGCCUCUACAUCGGGCUCAAGCUGAGCACGGACCUGGAGGCGAUCAAGACGGACCUGGACUGCACGCAGCGGGCGUGGGAGGACAGGGAGCGGGAGCUGCAGCGCCUGCUGGAGACGCUGGGCACCCUGGACGUGGCGGAGGCGCCGGCGGAGCCGCGCGGGGCGGCGGGGGGCAGCGCGGGCGGCUGGGCGGAGCGGGCGCCGCGCAAGGGCCGCGCCGACAACGACGAGGACUCGGACACGGGGCUGAGCUCCAUGCACAGCCAGGACUCCGACUCGGUGCCCGUCUGCGAGUCCCUCGUCUAGCGCCCGCCGGGCCGCGCCGGGCAAGGGCCGCGGCUCCCCCCCGCCCAGCGCCGCAGCGCGGCCGCGGCCCGGGGGCGCCUGCGAGGGCGGGGGGGGAUGCGGGGAAGCGCGGUGGGCGGAAGGCAGCCCCGCACAGAAAACCUUUCCUUUUAGCUCUUCGGUCUAAACUUGUUCCAACUAGCCGCCCGCAGAGGCGGCGUUUAGGCUCGCUCCUUGGUACUUUUAUCUAGGCGAAGAAAGCCGCAGACUGCUUGCGCUUCAGUCGCUGCUGGGACUACUCGCUCCUUACGAGGCCUGGCCCUUGCUCCGCGCCGGAGGCUUUCCUGCCGGACCUCCGACUCCCGUGCUUCCCCCCACUGCACCCGCUGCGGCACAGCAUCUCUCAGAGGGAAAGGCCCGGGCGCGGUGCCCCUCGGCUCCCUCCCGGCUCCUCACCAGGGCAAAGGCAGCGGUGGAGUACAGCAGCUGUCACGUAGAGCUACACCCCGCUCCUCUGCGCUCCUCUGUGGGCAACGAAAGGCGCUGACACUGAAGUUGCUGAUCAUUUAAAAACUACUAGGGAAAGGAGGUGUCAAUACUACUGAAACUAAUGCCUAAGACUUUGGAAUGUACUGCUGUUCUUUUUGGCAACAAAAACAGAUGAGAAUUCACUUAAACCAAACUAAAUCAAAAUACAAAGUAAUAGGUUGUAUUAAUCAGCUCUGCACGGUGCUUUUUCUUAUGCAUAGAUAAGAGUGCUUUGUUUAAAGGUAUACUACGAAACGUAUUAAUAUCAUAUAAGAAAGUAAUUAGCAGAGCCUGUAGGUACGGAGCCUUCAAGUACAUUUUUUUCACCAGGCCAGCUGAUAUUUGGCUGAGCUUAGUCAUAGAUAAAGUACCAAAUCCAUUUGGGCUACCAUUUUUAAUAACACGGUUUGGAUCAGGCCAGGAGAUACAAGGAUAAAAGUAUGACUCAAGCCCUAGUUGUACUACAGCUUAAUCUUUUCAGUUAUUCCAGUAAAAAGCACACAGUAUCAGCUGUAACAUGCAUUUCACUUAACUGCCAAAUCUUCCUCUGCAGCUUAACUCUUACAGAAAAUAUAUGAUCUGCUCUUACAAUAAGAGUCAUUAAUGAUGUUUUUUGUAUUUCAGAAAAAUUCCAGAAACAGUGUAAGCUGUGAGAGACCUGAGAACAUUUGGUCAGGUCUGACUAACGUGAACUUUUCAGGACUUCUGAGAAUAUUAUUUAUAUAAGGCUAUUUAUGAAAAAUUUCAUCUAAUGGUAAGUAUAAAAAGGGAUACAUCAACAGCAAGCCUCACAGCAUCAUCACCUGAAGACUGAGUCCCACUCUUUAACCAUGUUCUUACUAAUAGAAAUUGGACUGGACAACAGAAAAAUAGACUCUGCAGUCAGUUUAAGAACAAUCAAAGAAAUCCUAUCCAUGUACUUGCUGAGGCUGUAAAAUUCCCAAUAUGCUAUCAUUCUUGAUAAAGCUUAUUCCACUGAAUGGGUCUCAAUUAUAGCAAACUGUGGUUUAUUUUAAAUGAUCUGAUUCUGUAAUUCUAUUUUUCAUAUUUUAGUCAACCUUGGAAUAUAUUUAAGAAUCUAUUUUUAGAGCUAAUAAAACUCUUAAGACUGA